AACUCCUGCAAAUUUCGUUUGUUAUGGAAAUACGAAAAUCCAACCAUGAAUUCCAAUGUGUUGGUCCCCAAUUCUGAAUUGAAUGUCUAUAAAUGCAAGAAAAUGAGAGAGCACCCACUUUUGGGAGCUUGUCAACAUUCACUGUAAAACGAUCAAAUUUAACACGGUAUGGAGACUUCCACGUGCGAAAAAAGAGCUAUUGCACUUCCUGAAAUAAGUCACAACAUGGUAACACAAUUUUCUACAGAGCCUUAUAUAUAAGAGUUCUUUCUUUCAUCAUGAAGGCAUGUAGUUUUACUCAUACCCCAUUUUCUUGCUUUUUUCCUUGUUUAAGCCCACCCAUUUCUAGUCCCUUAGUACCGCCCUCUUUCCUCUCGGAAUGAGAUACUUUUUAUUCCCUAGAUUUUGGAUGUACAUAACUCAACAUUUCAAACCGCAUUUGAGAGACUCCCAUACUAGUGUUACCAAGCAAUGUGCAGUAUUCCAUCUGAGUUUCUCAAGUAAUAAAAGAGACUGCAUUUCUAAAGCGAUGUCCACUGAUUGCCGUCUAAAAAAUCCCGAAAAUCCCGUAAAAUCCAAGCAAAUGAAGAACCACGAAUCUUUGUGUCUUCCGCUUCUGGAUCAGUUUAGGGAUGGCAGCAGCAAUAAGAUUUGGUGGAGAGUGUUUGCCCUGUUGAUGAUAGCCACGGUUGCUACCAGAUUUUAUAAACUCGACCAGCCAGAUCACGUCUGUUGGGAUGAAGCACAUUUUGGGAAAUAUGCAAAUUUUUACAUCAACCGGACAUUCUUUUUUGACGUGCAUCCUCCACUUGGAAAGAUGCUUAUUGGACUCUUCGGAUACCUUGAUGGCUACAACGGAUCCUUUCAUUUUGAUAAACCAGGAGAUAAAUUCGAAGAUCACCAAUACAUGGGAAUGCGAAUAGGCUGUGCUGUGAUGGGAGCUCUUUUGGUUCCUCUCUCCUUUCUGACUGUAUGGGAGAUGACUUUCUCCCUUCCAGCUUCUACAUUAAGCGGUUUGCUGAUUCUCUUGGAUCACGGAAUGUUGACAUUGAACCGCUUCAUUCUGCUGGAUCCGCCAAUGUUAUUUUUUAUCUCUGCGUCAGUCUACACAAUGGUUAAAUUUCAUAAUCAGAGGCAUCGACCGUUCAGUUUGCCGUGGUGGUUAUGGCUGUCUUCCAUGGGCGUUAUGCUAUCAUGUUCCGUCGCCGUAAAAUUUGUUGGAAUAUUUGUCGUCAUCUUCGUCGGAUUUCGUACCAUUGCGGAUUUGUGGGAAAUUCUUGGAGAUAUUUCACGCCCCGUGACUUACACCGUGAAGCAUUUUAUGGCCCGGGCUUUAUGUCUGAUUGUCAUUCCAACAUUGUUGUACAUGGGCAUUUUUUAUAUCCAUUUGGCGGUGCUAAAUAAUAGCGGACCGGGAGACGGAUUUUACAGUUCGGCUUUUCAGGUCGGUCUCAAAGGAAACUACCUCCAUGAUGGCAGUACACCAAGAGAGGUUGCCUAUGGCGCAAUUUUAACGCUGAAAAAUUCUGUUACGAGUGGUGCCUAUUUGCACUCUCACGAUCAUUUGUACCCAGAAGAAAUCGGAGGAGGCCAACAGCAAAUCACCACCUAUGCGCACAAGGACGAAAACAAUCAGUGGCAUAUCAAAAGACACAACAAAAUGCCUCCGAGUUGGAACAGCACAAAACCUGUGGAUUUCGUGCGACACGGAGAUUUGCUGCGACUCGAACAUUUUGUAACUGGUCGAAAUUUGCACGCGCACAGAGUAUUGGCCCCCAUUACAAUCAAACAGUUUCAAGUCACCGGAUAUGGACUGGAUGGAGUUGGGGAUACCAAUGACAUUUGGCGCGUGGAAAUUGAAGACGGCGAACAAAAUCAAGUACUGGAAACAAUGGUUCAUCGUUUUAGAUUGAUUCACUACAAUUUGGGAUGUGCUUUAACUUGCACGAAAAAGAAACUUCCCGCAUGGGGCUUUGAACAAGAUGAAGUAACCUGUAACCCAAAUAAGAGAGACCCUAAUGCGAUUUGGAAUAUCGAGGAAAACAUCUUCCCUCGCCUUCCCAACGUUUCUUUCCGCUCGUACGAGAAAAACUUCUUUCAGCGUUUUAUCGAAUCGCACGUUGUUUUAAUCAAUGGCAAUUCUGCCUUAAAACCGAAAGAAGGAGAAGCUACUUCUAAGCCUUGGAUGUGGCCAAUUAAUUUAAGGGGUCAGUUCUUUUCUGGAGGCAAAUUGCAGGUUUACUUAUUAGGCAAUCCCAUCAUCUGGUGGGGUAAUUUAGUCUUCAUGGUGUUUUACAUAAUUCUGUGGGUGUCUGUUGGAGUUCGAGAAAAAAGAGGAGUGGUGAUGACGCCGAGAGAAAUCCUGUUGCAGAAUAGAGCACUAUCUGCUUGCGGUUGGCUUUGGCUCGGUUGGUUACUCCACUACCUUCCAUUUUGGGGAAUGACUCGCGUACUCUACUUUCAUCAUUACUUUCCUGCAUUGCUUUUUUCGAGCAUGAUGACAGGAAUUCUUCUUGAUUAUGCAAUGGAGUCCAUUCCUCUUUCCCUGCCUCAAAAAAUGUUCAACUCAACAUACAUUUCCAUUUUAUCCGGAGCACUGGUGAUUUUAUUUUACAGUUUUUAUUUAUUCUCACCACUUGUGUACGGAUUAGUGAGAUAUGCGGAUUCAAAUUCUACCAUGCACCAUUUACAUUGGCUAUCUACUUGGGAAUUCUAAAAAAAUCCAGUAGUUAAUAGUAAUUUCUUCUUUAAAACAGUAUUAUCGUGUUUGGUCAGAUCCCGUUAACAGCAAAUUUCAUCCAAAUUCAAAUUCACGAUCCAUCAAUCAAUAAAAUCUUGAAGUCGAAUUUAUUUCGCUGUAAUUAAAUAACAUGAAUCGUGCUUGAAUUGACCAUUGCUUCAUUGUGUUGGUGAGCUAAUCAACCGCAAUGCUAGCACACAAUCUGAAUAAUAAAUGUUUUACGUGGAA